CCACAAGGAAUACAAGGAAUACAAGGAAUACAAGGACCUCAAGGCGAGAACGGUUUGGAUGGUGAAGAUGGAAAGGAUGGAAAAACUGCUAAAUCAUGGAUAUGGAACCUUAUAAAUACUGGUUUAACAGCUGCUUCAUAUGGAGUUCUUCAAUACCAAAUCGGAAAGAUAUGGGCAGUACUUGGUGAAGAAGUUUUAGAUGACGUUAAAAAUGCUUUGAACUUCAUUUCAAAUGGUUCGGAUACUAUUAAAACUUUAUCUGGUUGGAUGCAAGAAACAAGGAGUCAAAUAGAUACUGUAAGACGUAUAGCAAACAAUGCACGUACGGGAUUGGAUACUUUACGAGAAGCACAAAAUACACUAAAGGAAGCAAAUGAUAUUCUUGGCUCAGUAUCAGACAUGCAUGAAGAUUGGCUUAAAGGUAUUGACAAAUCUUUAAAAAAUCACAGUCAGUCUAUUGCUGACUACAAGAAAAGUAUAGAUUUUUUACAUAGUGCUAUGGACGUACAUGAUGGAAGCAUAAGGAACUUACUUAAUGCUAACAAUAACUUACCAGGAACUAUUAAAGCAUUUAUAAAGUCCUUUGUAAAACCUGGUGCUCUAACAUUUAGGUCUUUGAGAGCAAGAGCAUUGAAGUCAAGAGAUGCAGAAACUCCAACAGAACCUACAGAAGGAACUGAAACAACAGAAACUCCAGAAGAACCACCAAAACCAACAGCUAAUGAAAUAUUGUUCGAAUAUUUUCCAAGGUACUCUGUUCUCAUUGCAUACAUUCAAGAAAUACUUAAGAAAGCAGACUUGACUUUAGGAGAUGAUGAAAGUUCUGUAUAUCUUUCGUUCCAGUUUCAAAUAGCAGAACUUUUGAGACAGAUAUGCUUAAUGUAUGACAACAUCUCUGAUUUCACAAGAUAUGAUGACGACCAUGACCCCGAACACGGUGAAGAAGAAGUUUUACAAACAUCCAUUAAGACAGGAAAGGUUUUAACUCAAAGUCUCAUUAUUGACACCAAAGAUGGCGAAGUGGACGUUCUUCAAGAGCUGAAGAAAAAUACUUCUUCGGGAGGUGGUGGUAGGCAUGAACUUGAAAUAAAUGAGAUAGAAGAGAAAUUAGCCGAAAAAGCAGAUAAAAACCAUGUUCAUUAUAUAAGUUCAGACGAACAGAUUAUAACGGACUACCAUGGAUAUUUAACACAGGAUGAACAAAUAAGCACUGAAGAUGUUAAUGAAAGAAGAUAUAAAUUCAUUCGUGCUAAAGGUUAUGACAUACACUGUACUGUACAGUAUGACACAGGUAAAGCACCAGAAGCAUUUGGUUAUAACAAUGAAAUUUAUGCUUCAUACUUCUUUGUUAACGGUGUAUUAGUUGAACCAAGAUUUACAUUAAGAGUUAAGGCAAAAAUAACUUUUGAAGAUGCUAUUAAAAGUAAAGCUGACAAAGAUGAACUUGACGCAACGAACAAAGUUUUGAAAUCUCAUAAACACAAUAUCUCCGAUAUAAAUGAACUUCAAGCUACAUUAAAUAGUAAAGCUGACAAGAACCAUACACAUGAAUCCUUCACUACUGUUAGAGCAGACGACAUAAUAUUGAACUAUACCCUUGGUUCAAGUGCACCUUUAGAGAAUCCAAGUACAAGCGUAAAAGAUACACUAAACUCCUUAAAUAGUAAAUGUAUGAACAUUGAAGGUCAUGUCAGAAACUUUGAAACACAUGAACUACCAGCAAUGUUAGAUAAGAAAGCAGACAAAAAUCAUACACAUAACUCCUUCUCAACUGUUGCUAUAGAAAGUAUUGAAGGAACGGUUGGCGGAACUGGUGGGGAGGGCGGAGUCACGUCGCACGCGGCUGCAUUAUAUUAUAAACCUCCUAACUUUCCACAAGGUUUAACUUCAAAUGAAAACAUAACAACGAAGAAAGAAAUUAGCUGUAAAAAUGUUUAUGUCAUGGACGAUGAAAAUAAUGUUAAAUUCACUGCUCAAGAUUUAUAUGAUAAUAAAGCUGACAAGAACCAUACACAUAAAUCCUUCACUACUGUUAGAGCAGACGACAUAAUAUUGAACUAUACCCUUGGUUCAAGUGCACCAUUAGAAAAUCCAAGUACAAGCGUAAAAGAUACUCUUAACAAUUUAGAUAACAGUUGCAGGAAUAUCGAAGAUCAUGCCAGAAACUUUGAAGCAUAUGAACUACCAACAAUGUUAGAUAAGAAAGCAGACAAAACAGAGCUUCAAACAUUAAAGACAGAAAUACUUCAAACAUUAUAUCCUAUAGGCUCUAUUUAUACGUCAAUGAACUCAACAAAUCCAGCAAGUGUUUUAGGUUUUGGUACGUGGAAGCAGAUUGUAGACAAAUUCUUAUACUGUGCUAGAUAUUCAAAGCAAACAGGAGGUUCGAAGAAAAUUAAAGAAGCAAACCUUCCACCGCACACUCAUACAGGAACUACAAACACAACAGGUAAUCAUUCACAUUCAAUAACAAAAAGAGGUUAUACAAAUCUUGCAGCGGGUUCGGAUAGACAGGGAAUGAAUAGAAAUGAUAUUUCAACUGACCCAGUAGAUUCAAACGCAGGUAUUUUCUGUGGAACCACAGGAAAUCAUUCACACACUUUCACAACAAAUCCAACAGGCUCGGGUGCAGAUUAUAUGCCACCAUUUGUGACUGUAUUCGCAUGGUACCGUGUUCAAUGA